AUGUCUGCAACUCUCCUCCGCGCGUCCACGCUCCGCGCUGCUCUGCGAGCUGCCCCCGUUGCGAGCUCCAAACGCGCUGGGCUCGUAGGCGCAACCUUCGUCCGAGGCAAAGCAACACUUCCAGACCUUCCAUACGACUAUGGCGCGCUCGAACCCGCGAUAUCCGGCAAGAUCAUGGAGCUCCACCACAAGAUGCACCACAACACCUACGUGAACUCCUACAACCAGGCUGCUGAAAAGAUGGCGGAGGCGCAAUCAAAAGAGGACAUCAAGGCUCAGAUUGCCUUGCUGCCUCUCAUCAAUUUUCAUGGCGGCGGUCACAUCAACCACACCCUGUUCUGGGAGAACCUAGCGCCGACCUCCCAAGGCGGCGGCAAGCCUCCCUCUGGCGCUCUUGCCAAAGCCAUCGACGACGGCUACGGCAGCCUCGACACGCUGAAAGAGAAGUUCAACACGGCUCUGGCCGGCAUUCAGGGAUCUGGCUGGGCAUGGUUGGUGCAGGAUACCCAGACCGGCAAGAUUGCCAUCAAGACGUACGCGAAUCAAGACCCUGUUGUCGGACAGUUCCGCCCGCUGCUCGGCAUUGAUGCUUGGGAACAUGCAUACUACCUUGAUUACCAGAAUCGCAAAGCCGAGUAUUUCAAGGCCGUCUGGAACGUAGUGAACUGGAAGGCAGCUGAGAAGCGUUUUCAAUAG